AUGCGCGGGAGCUUCAUCCCCAGUUGUGUCCGCUGUGCUGUAUUGUCGUCAAAAGCACAGGGAAUGGGAAGUUAUGGCAGAUGCUAAGCUUUGGCAGAUGCUAAACUUAACACUUUUUAAGCUUUUGUGAUGUGUAAUGUAGCCUUUCCGUUACAAAUUCCCUUUAUACCACCGCUGGAACGAGCUGGAAACAAGCUUGCUGUUAGUUGCUGUAGUGAAGGCGCGAGAACGCUUCAGCAGCUGUUUUUUUCCUGUCUGUGAACUCUCCAGUGCUUCACAAUGAUCUGUGUACAAACUUCAGUUUGUGAACGUGUGCAAGAUCAGCCUGUGCACUAGCAGUGGUGCAUCUGCUCCUGAUUUGAUCCUGUCUCCCAUUAUAUUGGGUUUAUCCAGCUCUUCACAUUUCGUAUAACGAACACUUUAUUCUGUAGACAUGGUGUCCAGACCUGGAGAUUUUCCAGCCCUGGAAGCGGGUUCAGGUGUCAGUGAUGGUCUCCUUGGAGGCAUGUCCAUUCCCGUCGGGAUGACCCGCCGAGCCAUCAGCUAUGAUGAUAACCUUGAGCGGCCUAUCUCUCCACCUCCAACUGACAUUAAUAUUAGCAACCUCUGGAAGCGACCGGUUAUUCCUGAGAGGAAGUUUGCACGGCUAGCUGAGGAGGACGAAUUGGAUGGAGGAGCAAAGCAAAGUGUAACAUUAGAAUCCUCCAAACCUCAAAUCCCUGUGGUUAAAGCUAAAGCCUCUUCUGUCAUGAACUCCCUCAUCAUCAAACAGACCCAGGAGAGCAUGCACAAGUUUGAGAAGCAGGCAGGACUGACUGAUACAGGCUACACUCCACACAAAGGCCUGGCUGCUGAAGAGACCCGCUUCCAUCGUCUGGCAGAGUCCAUGCAUAAACUUGCCAUGCAAAAUGUAGAUACCAAGGAAGAGAAACAGCCGUCUUCUGGUCAGUCAACACCUGCAGGGACCCCGCAGUCAUCACCUAAACAGAAACGCAGAGGCUGGUUCAGCAGUCAGGGCUCCACUGCGUCCCUCACAGGCUCUGAGAUGAGCACCAGCUCCAGUAUAGAUCUGACAACAGGAGAGGGAGUCGUAGAGCGCUGGGGUGUUUUUGGACCGCGGUCUCAAGUCAGCAAGUCCACAACUGACCCAGGUGCAGAUCCAGCCCCAUCAGGGGGCUUUGCUCUGCAGUCUUAUAAGGGAGCCCAGAAACCAACCCCGAUGGAAGUGAUGAAGGCGCAGGCCACGCGCUUGGCCGAGGACUCUGCUGGUUUCAAAGCGCCCCCCAAGAUGGAGAUCCCCACCGUGGAGGGGAAGAGACAAAUGACCCGACCUCACAAACUCAAGCACCGUGAUAUGAACGUGCUUACGCCCUCAGGAUUCUGAGAACCACUUCCUGGAAAACCCCUCAGAUCGUACACAUUGUGAACCUGUAGCUGGUCUACCCUUGUGUUCCCCUGUGCUGUCUUGCUGUUCGGUCUCUGCAGUACUAAUAGCUUUUCCCCAUCGCCGAAAACAUGACCCCACGUUCCUCACAGCGCCACUUUGCUAGUGUCUAAUGUAAAUGUGAGCUUUCAAAAGAUGUUUAGUGUGAAUGAUCACUUGCUGGUGCCAUUGUCUGUGUUGUCAUCUUUUUUUUGCCUUUUAAUUUGGUAUUACCUUUCGCUAAAAAUCUCUGAUCAACUCACCUUCAUCUGAUUUGAAUGACUUCUGUGGAAUUUGACUGUUUGCUUCAGUUACUAUUCGGUUUCGGUUUGGUAAAAGCCUAAAUGUUUGUCAUUCUUCAGGUUUCUCCUUUAUAGUGAAUGGAAGGAAGUCAUGGGGUUGGAAUGAUGUGGGGUGAUUAAAUGAUAACAGAAUUUCUUUCGCUUAUGAAAUAUCUCUUUAAUUUAGAACGUGAACGAGUGUGUUUGUGUACGUCUUUCUUGAUGUUUUUGGAUAUACUGUGGUGUGUACAGUAUAUUCAUUAGCUUUCAUGUUAACACUGACUGAUCAAAUACAUUGUGGUUUUAUUUGCUGGCUUUUAUGCAGGAUGCGUUCUAUCACAUAGCUGCAACUUAAUAAAAUAACUUGAGAAUUUGUUUUUUGCCCGCCUAGUUGACAUAUAAUGAUGAAUAAUAUUGUGAUUUUUUUUGUAUAACAUCAGUACACAACAGGUUCAGUGAUAACUUAAUUCUUUAAGUCUUUACUGUUGUGUAGUGGUCUGUGACAUUUAAAGCAUCAUUGGUUGUGACAAGGAUGGUCUAACAAAUGAUAAGGGCACUAAAAUGACUGAAGGCUAAGAAGGUUUUUGACUGAAAUUUUAUUUAAGUUAGUAGCUGCUGUAUUUUUGUUACAAGUUAAAUGUUUUGUUUGAAUUUCUCAAAAGAUCAAAUGUAGUAACUUUGAUCUUGUUGGAACUGUUAAUACAUGAAUAAAUAAUAAAUGUCAUAAACUCCC